UAUUUACCACGUUCCCUGAAUGCCGCACCAAUGUUAGCAAGCGGGCGUGGCUAACGUGCACCAUCAACUUCCGGGGAUCAGCCUGCUCGCCAUGGGACCCCCCACGCUGGACAAGAUCCGCGCGCUGCAGAGGAACCCCCGAAACAUCCGGAACCUCUGCAUCCUGGCGCACGUGGACCACGGUAAAACCACUCUGGCGGACUGCUUGGUGGCGACUAAUGGCAUCAUCUCGAGCCGCCUGGCUGGGAAGCUGAGGUACCUGGACAGCCGGGAGGACGAGCAGAGUCGAGGCAUCACCAUGAAGUCCAGCGCCAUCUCCCUGCACUACAGCAACGGGGACCAGGAGUACCUGCUGAACCUGAUCGACUCCCCCGGUCACGUGGACUUCUCCUCCGAGGUGUCCACCGCUGUGCGUCUGUGUGACGGGGCCGUCGUCAUAGUGGAUGCUGUGGAGGGAGUGUGUCCACAGACCCAGGUGGUGCUCCGUCAAGCGUGGUUGGAGAACAUCAGGCCCGUCCUGGUCAUCAAUAAGAUAGACCGACUUAUUGUGGAGCUGAAGCUCACCUCCCAGGAGGCCUACACGCACCUGCAGAAGAUCCUGGAGCAGGUGAACGCAGUGACGGGGACUUUGUUCACCUCCAAAGUCCUGGAGGAGCAGGCGGAGAGGGAGGAGGAGGAGGAGUUGGGUGGAGACCAGGCGCGUGACUGGAGCAGCAGGCCGGAGGAGGCAGACGACUCGCUGCUCUACUUCUCCCCCGACCAGGGAAACGUGGUGUUUGCCAGCGCCAUCGAUGGGUGGGGCUUCAGCAUCCAGCAGUUUGCCCACAUCUACAACCAGCGAAUGGGUAUCAAGGCAGAGGUGCUGCUCAGAACGCUGUGGGGAGAUUUCUACCUCGAUGCAAAAGCAAAGAAGAUCAUGAAAGGAGCUCAGGCCAAAGGAAAGAAGCCGCUGUUCGUGCAGCUGGUGCUAGAUAACAUUUGGAGUUUAUAUGAUGCUGUUGUCACUAGAAGAGACAAGGAGAAGGUGGAGAAGGUGGUGACAUCACUGGGGAUAAAGGUGCUGGCCAGGGACCUGCGUCACUCGGACCCCAAAGUCCUGCUCUCUGCCGUGUGCAGCCAGUGGUUACCCGUUUCCCAGGCGGUGCUCUUGAUGGUCUGUGAGAAACUGCCCAGUCCCUUAGACAUGGCGGCAGAGAGGGUUGAGAAGCUGAUGAGCGUUGGAGCGCGGCGAUUUGACUCGUUGCCUGAACACACGCAGGAGUUGAAAAGAGCCUUCCUCCGGUGUUCCAGCAGGGAGAACGAGCCGCUCAUCAUCUUUGUGUCCAAGAUGUUUGCUGUUGAUGCCGCGGCCUUGCCUCAGAACAGACAGAGGCCCCUGUCCCAGGAGGAGAUGGCCCAUCGCAGGGAGCUGGCUAGACAGAGACACGCGGACAGGAUGGCAGCUGGCUGCGUGGACCCACCUGCCCGACCUGACACAGCUUCUGUCUCCCUGCCAGCGAAGAUGGAGAGUGUGACACCAGAAGAGGAAGAGGAGCAGCAGACCUUCGUAGCUUUCGCCCGGGUCUAUAGUGGAGUGGCAAAGAAAGGACAGCGAGUAUUUGUUCUGGGUCCCAAGUAUGACCCCGGCCAGGGCCUCAGCACGUUGCCAGAAGGUGUCAGUGCUUCAGACUGUGUGUCUGCCGUGCCUCAUCUGUCCUGCUGUUCUAUGGAACGUCUCUACCUGCUGAUGGGACGGGAGCUGGAGGAGCUGGAGGAGGUGCCUGCAGGAAAUGUCCUGGGUAUCGGCGGUCUGGAGGACAGCGUCUUGAAGUCGGCCACCCUGUCAACCUCCCCCGCCUGCCCGCCCUUCACCGCACUCAACUUUGAAGCCACGCCCAUUGUUCGGGUUGCCAUAGAACCCAAACAUCCAAGUGAGAUGCCAAAGCUGGUGCGUGGGAUGCGUCUGCUGAACCAGGCAGAUCCCUGUGCUGAGGUUCUGAUUCAGGAGACGGGAGAACACGUCCUGGUCACUGCGGGGGAGGUUCAUCUCCAGCGCUGCCUGGACGACCUCAGAGACCGGUUUGCUAAAAUUGAGUUCAGCGCGUCCAAGCCCAUCAUCCCAUUCCGAGAAACGGUGGUCCGUCCUCCAAAGGUGGACAUGGUGAACGAGGACCUGGGCAAGCAGCAGAAAGUAGCCAUUAUUCAUAAGGUAAAAGAAGAGGCCCGUUGGUCGGACACCCUGAACGUGGACUCCAGUGGUCUUGUCACCCUCACCACUCCCAACAGACUGGCCACGGUCAGCGUGCGGGCGUCCCCCCUCCCACCGGAGGUGACCGGUCUGUUGGAGAGGAGCACAGAGCUGAUUCGGACCCUGGAGCAGAUCAACAUGUCCCUGAGGGAGGGGAGGAGUCUGGACAUCAGCCCCCGGACCCUGGAGGCCAUCGCUGGAUUCAAGGUCCAGCUGGAGAGUCUGCUGCAGGGCCGGAAGUGGAGGGAUGUCGUGGAGCACGUCUGGGCCUUUGGGCCACGCAGAUAUGGUCCCAACAUCCUGCUGAACCGGGUGGCGGGCUACCAGCGGCCUUCGCUGUGGCAGUGUUUGGGCGGAGGAGUCCAAGCUGGCGAGGCCGCCGCCACACGAGACCUGGAUAACAGCAUUGUCAGCGGCUUCCAGCUAGCCACUCUGUCAGGGCCCAUGUGUGAGGAGCCCCUGAUGGGGGUUUGCUUCUCUGUGGAGAAGUGGGACAUCCAGUCCUCCGUCCCGCCACAACACCAGGAGGAGGCUUCCACAUCCCGCGGGACCCCAGCAGACUGCAAAGGGACGGGAAGCGGUGCGACGCGGCCGGAGGCCACCGAGCACGGGCCGAUCCCGGCAGGGCUCAGGCCCGAGGCAGCGGCGGACUGCUACGGGCCCGUCUCCGGACAGCUGAUCGCAGCCAUGAAGGAGGCGUGCCGUCACGCCUUCCAGGCUCAGCCCCAGAGACUCAUGGCCGCCAUGUAUACCUGCGAGAUAAUGACCACCGCUGACGUGCUGGGCCGAGUGUACGGUGUCCUGGGGAAGCGGGAGGGCCGCGUGCUGCACGAAGAGAUGAAGGAAGGGACGGACAUGUUCAUCAUCAAGGCCGUUCUGCCGGUGGCCGAGAGCUUUGGGUUUGCUGACGAGUUCCGCAAAAGGACCAGUGGCCUGGCCAGUCCACAGCUGGUCUUCAGCCACUGGGAGGUGAUCAGCAGUGACCCGUACUGGGUUCCCACCACAGAAGAAGAAUACCUGCACUUUGGGGAAAAAGCUGACUCUGCAAACCAGUCCCUGAAAUACAUGAACGCUGUCCGUCGCCGCAAAGGCCUUUAUGUGGAGGAGAAGAUAGUGGAGCAUGCAGAGAAGCAGAGAACACUCGGCAAGAACAAGUAGAGAAGAAAACACAUGCAGCUCCUCCAGGAACCUGCACAGAACUGUGGCUGCGUACCAAGUGUUAUACACAGCUACUCAUUUCUAUAUUUGUGCUUAACAAUUUACAUCAAUAAAAUGAGUCAUCUUGAUUGCUUCAUUUCAA